AUGAGUUAUCCUCCACAUGGACCUCCUGGUCCUCCUCAAGGACCACCACCACCACCCUACUAUGGCUGGGGUCCACCCCCUCCUCAUUCAUACCCUCAAGGCGGUCAACCACCAAUGCCAUACUACGUCCCCGGAACUGUCAUGGUACCAGUCCCCAUGAUGCCGCCACCCCCCCAAGACACGAACCAACCAACGUACAUCACAAAUUACAUUUAUCAUGGAGAAACUUCUGGACAGCCGAUAUCUGAACAGGUCCAAAUUUCAGGAUCUGGAGGUGAUUACGACUGGGUUCCUACAACUGCUCUAACUGCGGCCAGUUUAACGGGAAAAGCUGUGGUAGGAGGACACGAAGGUUGGGAUGGAAGCCCAUUAUGGGUAAUAAGGGCAUGGCAUAAUGGUGACUUGAUUCCUGGAAAACUAUCAAUUAGACAUAACGCUGCAUCUGUUAUGUACAAUGGAAAGGAAAUCCCCGUCCAGAACAUCGAAGUGCUAUGCGCAAGACCUGAAAGCUUGAGAUGGGUGCCGGCUUCUAAUGGCAACUUACCACCCGGGGCUAUUGAAGGAGGGAAGACUAUAUCUGGGGAGUCAUUGUUCGUCGGGAGAGCGAGGCACCAGCUGUCUGUCACUCCCGGAAAAAUCCAUCCAAGUCAUAAUAGUUGUUACAUUGGUUUUGGAGGAGCCGAAAUCGCACACAAAAUGUAUGACGUGCUCUGUAGAGUGAGU